AUGUCGGGCCUCAUGGACAAAGCGAAGGAAGCGGUGCACAAGAUGGGCUCGAAGCCGGGUGCGGACCAAAAGGUCGACAACUACGCCAACAAGGGCAUCGACCAGGCCACCGACCGCGCCGGCCUGGGCGACAAGUACGAUUCGAAGAUUGAUAAGGUUGCGGAUAAACAAAUCAACAACCAGCUUGGUGGCCAGGGCGGCGCCCAACAAGGCAACCCAGGCCCGCAGUAA